AGUGUGAAGCAGAAAAUCUGUGGGGCUUUACAGAUCACUGUCCUUUCACCUCCUGCUGCUGUCUCCACCCUCGGUAUAUUGUGACUCCUCCUGGAAAGCGGUGAUGCUGAAGUCUGCCUGGACUGGAUCAGCUCAGUCCCAUGCAGUGCUUCAGCCAGCUGGCAGCGCGGGAGGGCUCUGCUUUCCUUGCUGCCGCCUCCUUCUCCUCCUCUGCAGGGGGGACAGCCCCAUCUCCACAUGCCGUGUUUCCAUGAAUGCCUCAAAGCGGCUAUGAGAAAACAGCUUUUUAACCUGUGCAAAUGAGCUGGAGUCUUAGAGGGAUUCGAAUUUGGUAAUCGAAUGCUGGUAAUUGUAUUUGCAAAGACUGAAAGACCAGGUGCUUUCAGGGGAGUGGAGGACGGUACAGGAAUGGGACUGUGACUACAUGGAGAAUGUGCUCUUGGGCUACGGCUCUCCCCACACUCUGCUCCACUCACCUUUUUCAGGGGACCAUGGAGAACAUGAGCUGAGACCAAGUGCUGGGCAGAAUCAGCAGUGGGCUGGUGAAGAUGGAGAAUGGCACAGGGGAUGAGCAGAACCAAACUGGGUUGCCACUAUCAAGCCAGGAGAUUGUUACAGCCGAAUACCAAGUGGUUACCAUCCUCUUGGUCCUCCUCAUCUGUGGACUGGGCAUCGUGGGCAACAUCAUGGUGGUUUUGGUGGUCCUCAGAACCAAACACAUGAGAACUCCCACUAACUGCUAUCUGGUGAGUCUGGCUGUGGCAGAUCUCAUGGUGCUUGUGGCUGCAGGACUACCCAAUAUCACAGAAAGCCUGUAUAGAUCCUGGGUGUAUGGCUAUGUGGGGUGUCUCUGCAUCACUUAUCUGCAAUACCUAGGGAUCAAUGCUUCUUCUUUUUCCAUCACUGCCUUCACCAUUGAGAGAUACAUAGCCAUCUGCCACCCAAUCAAAGCUCAAUUCCUGUGCACUUUUUCAAGAGCCAAAAAGAUCAUUAUUUUUGUCUGGGCUUUCACCUCUAUAUACUGUAUGCUCUGGUUUUUCUUACUAGACCUUAAUACAGUAGUCUACAAAGACACGACUGUUGUGUCCUGUGGCUACAGGGUGUCCAGGAGCUAUUACUCUCCUAUCUACAUGAUGGACUUUGGUAUAUUUUAUGUUGUGCCAAUGGUAUUGGCAACUGUCCUCUAUGGCCUAAUUGCUAGAAUACUCUUCCUGAACCCCAUCCCUUCGGACCCAAAAGAAAACUCUAAGACGUGGAGGAAUGACGUGGCUCACCAAAGCAAGCCUGUGAAUCCCAAGAUGACUAACAGGAGUUUCAAUAGCACUAUUGCUUCUCGAAGGCAGGUUACCAAGAUGCUGGCUAUCGUGGUGGUCCUAUUUGCAUUUCUAUGGAUGCCCUACCGCACAUUGGUGGUGGUCAAUUCCUUUCUCUCCAGCCCCUUCCAAGAAAACUGGUUCCUGCUAUUUUGCAGAAUCUGUAUUUAUUUGAAUAGUGCCAUCAAUCCUGUAAUAUACAAUCUGAUGUCCCAGAAAUUCAGAGCAGCCUUCAGGAAACUCUGCAAUUGCCAGCAGAAAGGGGAGAAGAAACCGGCCAGUUACAGUGUGGCCCUCAGUUAUAACAUCGUCAAAGAGUCUGAUCACUUCAGCACUGAGCUGGAAGACAUUACUGUCACCAACACCUACCUGUCCUCUGCAAAGCUGUCCCUUGGUGAUACAUGUUUGUCAUCUGAGGUAACAGCUUGAGGCCCACCUUGUUCUGAGUACGCAACUGCAUAGAACCUUUGGAUGCUCUGUUCCCACCAACCUGUAUGAAAUGUGAAGGCAUUUCUGCUCACGGAAUUGCAUAUAUCCCUACACACCUCUCUGCAUCCUGCAAGAAAAUGCAGCCUCUUUGGGAGGGAAAAGAAUAUACUACUGAGUCUAACUGAACAAAGCACUUAACAUUAAGGAGGUGAGCUGGCUUCAGCAGAAUACCCAAAUCCUUCGUCUCAUGUACUGGCCAAAGAGUGGUCUGAGCUCUUAGAAAGAACAAGGCUGCCCAGGACGUCUCCACCUACCAGACGCAGAGCGGGGCAGUGGGUGAUGCUCCCAAUGAAGGUGAGGGGCAAGGAGAGACGCUGACCUCCUGCGUGGCUGCGCUGGGCAGCACCAGCAAGCCCUGUCUGACAGCAGCCAGAACUGCUGCUGAUUACAGUAAUUACCCGACAUUGACUCCCUCAUUACACAGCAGUGCAAAUCUAAUUGCAACAUCAUAACCUGCUUCAAUAGGCAGAUAUCUGAUGGCAAAGAGCAUGAAAUCUUUUUUUUUCCUUUUUUUUUUUUUUUGUUACCUUGAACAGCAUGAAAUAAGAAGACCAUUUAAUGAAUAUUAGUCAUUCAGGGAAUAAACAAAUUUAAAAGUCAGUAGGAAGUUUUUAAAAUAGUCUUACUUUUUCAACAAGCUAGUUUAUAGAUGUACCUCUUUAAAUGUAAGUCUCGGCUAAUACUGAAUCCUGUCGGAACUUGACAGGUAUUGGAUAGUACUGGACAGGCUUUUACUAGCUAAUUUUAUCUUGGUUCAAUAGCAAUCGUGUCUCAGACUGCUACAGGGGGCUUAUAGCUUCAGUAUCUAAAAUGCCUAGAGAAGAGAGGAAAAUUCAGUGAAAAAUGACACUUUUUUCAUUUUUCAUCUCAAAAGUUAUGCAUUAGAAUACCUCAGGACAUAAAAAGUGUUGUUGGAAGAGAUCACAAUGGCGUCUCACUUGCCAGCAUAGCCGCUUGCACGCUCUUCCUGCAUGGGCCAGUGACAAGCAGUCUGAGGCCAUGAUCUCCUUGAUGUAGCUGCAGUCAAAACAUAAAGUACCACUUUGGCUUUUCUCUAGACCACCUUGUGUUCUUGCUAGAAUUGUAUUUUCCUGUUCCUGUGCAACACUAACAGAAACUCAGGAAGAUGCCUGCGUAUUCUUGUUUGUUAUCAAUAUGUUGCACAUCCUUUGUACAUGACAUUUAAAAAGCUGCAAAAACCGUAAUUGUUCUAGUAAAAAACCUGUCCAGUGUGGGAUGAAAGAGGUAGCCUCACUAGCAUUGUAAGGCUUCCCCGUCUGGUUUUCCCUUACAUAUACAGCUGCUUCCCUGAUUCAGACCACUUUCACUUACAAUCAUCCAUAUUUGAAAACUUGGAGAGAAUUAAAAAUACCCCGAUAGGCCUCAGAUUUAAAUUUCUAUGUGAACCCAUGUCUGCUGCACCCAAAAGCCUUCAUUCAACGUUCUCUGGAUGGCAAGGAGGAAGCAAACAUUCUGUAUCCUGCUCCAGCCGCAUGCUUGCUUUAGCUCCUGUUUUAACCUUGCAGAGCUCCACAAGUCCUUUCUAGCCUGGCAGGAUGAUGGCAGGGCAUGGAGGGGACCAACAGCAGCAAUUUUUUAAACCAGUGGUUACAGACAUGACAAACCUCCUCCAGAAAGACCUUUCUAUCUUCUAUUUCCAUCAGCACUUGCCUUCUCAUUUUGGCAAGCAGAAGGAGCAAGACCACAGGGGUAUCCUGCUUCUUGAGACCUUUUUCCCCCAAAUUAGGGGGAGUCAGUAUCAAACCCAGGCAGAACACCGUACCUGCGGGCAUUUCCAGGGGCAGGCUGUAUGCUGGAGCCUGCCCCACGGAGCACAGGAGCUGGCAGAGCUUUGGCUGGAGCAGAGCCAGCCGCUGAACCCAUGCAGGCUGUGUCACAUUUCCUAGAUCCUCUGCACUGGGGUUCUUACUUACUGGGGGACCUGAGGCCUGCUGGCUUGCCUGCCCAGGUGGCACAGGCUCAGGCAGUGGGGUCUGUUUCUGUGCAGAAGCUCCAUCACUGUGGGGCCUGUUUCUGUGCGGAUGCUCCAUCACCGUGGGGCCUGUUUCUCUGUGGAUGCUUCAUCACUGUGGGGUCUGUUUCUCUGUGGAUGCUCCAUCACCAUGGCGUCUGAACACCCACACAACUGGUAGGGGGAUGUCCAGACUCUUCUGUUUUUAAAAUAAUAAGGAAAAAAAUAAAUGGCAGGGUAAGUCACGUGUCAGCCAAGCAGGCAAAGCUGACCAGGGCUCAAGAGUCACAAGAGAAGAAUACCAAUGUUAUUCUAGAGUUAGUACCUGGCAAUCAUAUCUCUUAAGUACAGCACUAUGGCAGUGAUGUACACUUUGAACAAACCUUUCCUUUGUAGAACUUGACGUGAAAUUACAGAGUUCUAUGGCAUUUUACUGCUCACACAUGCUUAAAGCUGUGGUUUGCCACUAUAAGGGGAAGUCAAGGAGAAGUACCACAACCUGUGUAACGUUUCUUCCAAAGUAACUGUCACAGUAAAAUGAAGUUAUCUGGGAAAUCUUACACAGGCAUUUAUAUUUACUUAGCCAAGAGGCAUAUUCAAAGUAAAAGCAAGUUCCUGUAUCUGAUUGAGCAAAGCCCCUGUCUGCAGCCAGCCAGCACCGCUCACAGCUGAUCAAAGCAGAUCCCUGGGUCAGUGAUGGAGGGAGAGGGUGCAGAGGUGGCUGCUGGUGGGGCCAGCACGUGGAAAUCCUUUCGCUCUUCACACACUGUUAUUAGCUAGGCAUCUGCCCAGUGCUUUUGGAUCAGGACUCACCAUCCAGACUUUCCAAACAGGUGCCAGUACUAGGUCCUUUCCUUGCUUAAAAAGCAAGCAGACCUCCAGAACAAGCAGCAGGCAGAGAGAGGGCAUACCACGGAAAGCUGGUUAUACUGUUCGGCGCACAGCUGGCUGGGCUAAGAACUGAGCUAGGUAUUUGUGUAGAAACAGUAACACAGACUUACACUUUUAUCUUAACCUGUUUCAAAGUACAGACUGGAUUACAACUUUCAUAGACUGACAAUAUCAGUAGUAAAUUCUCACCUUCAUUUGUCUUUUUGCUCAAAAAGUAACCUUCUGCUUUCUUAGCCUUUUUUUUCAGAUGCUAAGGUGAAGCAUUUAAGCCCAUAUUCUUAGUGAGGUUUCAUCAGUGGCUAAAAUCUAUGUCAGUGAUUUUGUAUGCACCAUCACUUGGAAUAAGAAAUGAGAAGGAAUUAUUUCAUUCUAACACUUAUUUGUGCAAACAAAAAUGAUUAUGCAUGCAAAACUGUGUGCACAAAGGCAAUAUCUAAAAUUGCAGAUUUUAACUUAAGAUGUGAUUUUAACUCACAGUGUGCUGUGACUAUGUCUUUAUAGAUGUUGUUCAUUAAAUCCAUGCUAAUUUUAUAGUGGUUCCUUCAGCUAACACUAGGAAACUUUGCUAGAUAUCUUGCUAAUGUGAUUUUAGAUCUAUUUCUAUGUUUGCUUUUUGGUUUAUAAAAGCAAGCAACCUUUCUUCUUGUACCUGUAUGUUUUAGAUUAGAUAUGUGGGCAUGUAUUUAUUGAAAAAUGUGUUUGAUUUUAAAUUUAUUAAUGCUGACAAAUUUUUUUUGCUAGAAGUGAAAGUGACUGGAUGUCAACUACCGCAGCAAUGUAACUGUCUUUAUAUACUUAUUUUGUGGAUAACAAGUCCCUUUGCAACAUUUAGUUUGAAAGAAUUGUCUGAUUGGUAGCAAUAUUGAAACUCAUGUCUCUAUCAUCAUCUAAUGGUUUUGAUGUAAGAGAUUGCGUUCUUUUUGAAUUUUUAUUUGGAACUUUAUCCAGCAUGUAACAGAAGAGAUGCUGCUGUAACAUCUGGCUUUUGGAGCUACACUGCCUCUCCUGUGAAAUACUGAGAUGCUGGAAGUUCCAGUGCUGGUAAAUCGUGCGGCUGAGAAAGGUUAAGUAUAUUAUUGAAAACACACUUUAGCUCAAAUUAGUGCAUGAGCUCUUUGAGGUCAGAGUUAAGGAUAUAUCAAGCAGCUCCAAUGUAUUGUGAAGUGGGUUAUGAAGCUCCUGUGGAGGUGAAUGGCACAUGUCAAAUGAUAAAGCUCUCGCUAACUUCCCUUCAAAACCAAUUGUCCAGUAUCACAGACUGAAGGAUCCUACUCCAGGAGAUGCUGCCGUAGCUCCCCUAUGACACAGUGAAUGCUCAGAUCAGUCACUUGACCUUUGGAAGCAGACAAAUAUUUCUUGGCUGUUUUUUAAAAAGCUGUCCUAAAAAAAACCCCAGAUCUGAGCAUUGUUGCUGUGGAAAGAAACAUAUUCUUUCAAGAAUGUGCAAAGCUAAAUUGUUCUUUCAACAAUGCUGCACAUGCUUAUUUAUUUCUCCACUAUUAUAUGAAUUCUACUGUAUACAGUUGAGGUUUUGUUACAAAUUGCAGUGAAAUAUCAAAAUGAUCUUCCAGUAUUUUAUUAUGUCUUCUUCAGACAGAACUCUUUCUUUGCUGUUAUGUUCAAUAAGAGAUUGUUUUCUCCUGAUUCUUUCAUUACUACUGGGGUACAGUGAUACAGCAAAUGCCGGUGAAUUCAUUCAGCCAGAGUAGUUGGGAUCCCAGAAUUCCUUAAAGUGGGAGCUGAAUCCUGGAAAAUUGAUUUCACACAAACUAUUCAAGAGCAGCUGGUUUAGAAGGUGUUUAUUUUUCACCUACCCAAAGUAAUCCUGAUCUUAUUCUGUCACUGCAUGUGGUUUAUAAAUCACUUUAUUAAGAAGAUUGUGAAAUUGUUCAGAGAAAUGUACUGCUGAUAAAUGUAGUCCUUUUAAAAUUAAGAAUAAUUUUUGUUCAAAAGAAGCAUUUUGUAAUUAUUUCAUGCAUGCUACCGUGGAGAUUAAUUUCUGAUGGUCUUCUGUUGCUACUUUAAUAAAAUGUUAAGCAAGAUAAUUACACUGCAACUUUAAUUUUUUAACAACCACUUGAAUACAUACCUUUUGCCUUGCUGUCCAUGGCAAUGGACAGAUAAUGUAACAUCAUUAUCCUUUGUCAUCUGUAGGAGAAUGAGCAUCCUAAAAAAACAAGCUUUGUUUCCUGAAGGAAGAGCAGUUUGCCUGUAGUCUAGCAGUUGCAGUGCUUAAAUCGGAAGGGAUUCAUGUGGAUCCUUGUCCCUGCUACAAAAAUUAUUCAUGCAUUUUGCAUUGGACAGCAUUAAACAAAACAAAAAAC